UUUUAUAUUGGGAAAUGUACAGUACACUAAACGUAACCUGAACUCUGUGUUAUUUCCUGCCGUCUCCAGAAAUAACCAUGGCAGCAAGGGAGUCACUGUAUGUACACUAUGGAGCAAUGUCCCUGUUUUUAACAAUUACCCAUAACGUGUUCCUCCUCUACUAUGUACAAAUGUUUGUAUCUAUUUAUAAAAUAGAUAAACUGUCAUUUUGGAUUGGAGAGACUAUUUUUCUAGUUUGGAAUUCCAUAAAUGAUCCUUUAUUUGGUUGGUUCAGUGAUAAAAGUUUACUCUCAGCAGAAAGUGAGGGAAGAACUGUAAAUCAGCCAUCUGUCGUACUUAGAAGAAUCCAAGCAUUGUCUAUUAAUGGUCCAUUGUUUUCUAUUUCAUUUCUUCUUUUCUGGAUUUCAUGGGGCAAUCCUACAAUUCAAUUUAUCGUGUGUCUAUGUUUAUAUGAUAGUUUUCUUACAAUGGUGGAUCUACAUCAUACAGCAUUAUUGGCUGAUUUAGCUCUAAGCGCCACUGAACGAACAAAAUUAAAUGGUUAUUGCUCUGUAUUCAGUGCUUUGGGUUCACUUUCUGUGUUUGUAUCGUAUUUCUUCUGGGACCGAAACAGCACAUUCCUGUUUCAAGUAUUUUGUACUGGGAUUUCUAUGUUUUCAAUGAUUGGUUACUUUGCUGGAAGUCGCUUACUAAAACAAGCCUUUAUAGAAGUCAUGAACAAAGAAGACAUGAUGCAAUUACAAAGUUCACAGAUAGAUAAUAAGAAAUUCAAUCCAGCAAAAACAGAAGUUUCUAUGAAACUUUAUAUAAAUCAAGUAAAGAAACACAAAAACUUUAUGUGGUUUACAGCUAUGAAUCUUGUACAAGUAUUCCACUGUCAUUUCAACAGCAAUUUCUUCCCAAUAUUUCUUGAGAAUCUCCUUGGUAAUCAUAUCACUCCACUGGUGGCCAGUUUACUACUCGGUACAUCGUUUAUUAUCCCACACAUCAACAAUUUAUAUUUCCUAUCCCUAUGUAGACGAUAUGGAGUUUAUUCUGUCGUCAAAGGAUUGUUUUUUAUCAAGCUUUUACUAAGUAUAUGUAUGCUGGCAGCUGGUCCCAGAUAUGUUAUUUUACUUUGUCUUUUCAUUGCAAGUAACCGUGUAUUUACAGAAGGUACAUGUAAAUUAUUAAAUUUGGUGGUCAGUGACUUAGUAGACGAAGAUUGUGUCAUACACCAUAGAAAACAAGCCGUGUCAGCGUUAGUAUUUGGAACAUCAGCACUGCUAUCAAAACCAGGACAGACAUUGGCGCCAUUAGUUGGAACCUGGCUACUCUCAUCACAAACAGGUCAUGAUAUUUUCCAGUCUGGACAUGAAAGUGGAUCAAUACGACUUUCGCAAUCAUCCAGUGCAGACGAUAAAGCUAUGGUUGAAUGGGGAUGUUUCCAAUGUCUUGUAUUUGUGCCAAUUAUAUGUGCUAUAAUACAGCUUAUAGCGUGGUCUCAGUUUACUCUCCGUGGUCGUCGAUUACAGUGGGUCAAAUCAGUCAGGGCUGGAUCCGGAUUUUGUGAUGUUUAAAAGAAAUAUUAUAACAGAUAUAUAUUUUUAAAUUGUGAUUUUAUAAAUUUUAUGUACAAAUAAUAUUAGCAGUUUAAUUAGAUGUAAUGAAUUUUUAUUAAUUUUAAAAUAUUUUUAAUUUCCAAUUCUGGAUCUAUUGACUUAGCUGUACUGUUUGCCAUACAACUUAGCAGUUCACUGAUGACGACAGAUUAUGAUGAAAAAGAUUUGGUAGAUGCUGCGUUUGGUUUGGCGUAUGAGCAAACCACUCUAUAUAAAAAGAUUCACAGGGUAUCGA